AUGUCAAACUUCAACGGCCGCCGCGGCCCCAACGUGUCGCAGUAUCUCCGCGACCUCAACGCCAUCAACCGUCAGGAGAAUGCUCACGACGAGCCUUUCAACAUGGAGGAGGACCUUGCUCUCUUCACCAACACUCAAUUCUUUGAUUUUGAGACUGGCCAGAACACCGACUACCAGGCCCAUCCUGCCAAGGUCGACUUGGAGGCUUCCCAAAGCACUUCCCCUUCGGAUGGAAUGACCCCGGCUCCCUCUGUCGUGGGUGAUAUCGCUGCUGGCAACUUUGAUUUCAUGCAGGGCGACUUCAACUUCCCCGACUUCACUGGCCCUUAUCCAUCAACCCCCAUGACCGCCUUUGCCGAUGGCGCUCAGAACUUUGCUCCUCUGCAGCCCAAUGCUCCUGCCAACUACCAGCCUGUGCCACAGCAGCAGCAAGCUCCCCAAUUUGCUCAACCAGCUGCACCUCAGCCUUCACUCGAGAAGCGCAACUCUGAGAGUGCCGGCAGUUCCGGACGCGGAUCCCUGAACUUUGAAGAAGCCUCCCGCCAUGCUGCUGAGGAGGACAAGCGAAGGCGCAACACUGCCGCCAGUGCUCGCUUCCGCAUCAAGAAGAAGCAGCGCGAGCAAGCCCUCGAGAAGUCCGCCAAGGAGAUGUCUGAAAAGGUGUCUGUCCUGGAGAGCAAGGUGUCACAACUCGAGACCGAGAACAAGUGGCUCAAGAACCUUUUGGUUGACAAGAACGAGGGCAACGACGAGAUCAUUGCUCUCUGGAAAGAGUUUGCCGCAUCCAAAACCGCCAACAAGCCCGAGUCAAAAGCCAAGUCUUCCGUCAAGGAUGAGACAAGGUGA